UUUUCGUAAUCAAUUCGUCGUUGUCAAAGCGGGAAUGAGGAAAUCUCGUUUGUUGAUUCCAAGUGAUUGUGCUUGACUUGUUUCGCGGCCUUAUAAAUUAAUAAAACCGAAGAGAAUGCCGCCGAGUAGUUUACGAGUCGUGUACGCGUUCGCAAGAGAAAUGCACCCAAAAACAACAGACGUUUUCAUACAAUACGGCACUGCCGGAUUCCGCACAAAAGCCAGUUUGCUGGAACACGUUGUUUAUCGUAUGGGAUUGUUGGCGGUUAUUCGAUCCAGGUGUAAAAAUGGCCGUACAAUAGGCAUGAUGAUCACAGCCUCGCACAAUCUGGAGCCAGAUAAUGGGGUGAAACUGAUCGAUCCAGAUGGUGAGAUGCUGGAACAGAGCUGGGAGGCGAUCGCGACCCGGCUGGCUAAUGUCAGUGACAAUGACUUAGAAUCAACAACGGGGGAAAUAAUCAAAGAAGUGAAUGCUGAUAUGGCUCUUAAAGCAAGUGUGUAUAUUGGAAUGGACACAAGAUACACGAGCCCACGUCUAGCCGCGGCGGCGGUUCACGGCGUAAUGGCGCUGAAGGGCACCGCCAAGGAGUUCGGCAUCGUGACUACCCCCAUGUUGCAUUAUUGCGUCAAGUGUCGGAAUGACAACACGUAUGGGACGCCUACGGAAGAGGGUUAUUACGAGAAAAUAGUGGGAGCAUUCAAGAACAUACGCCAAAAGCUACCAGUGGCCGGCAACUAUAAUACCACUCUGUAUGUGGAUGGAGCUAAUGGAGUGGGCGGGAAGAAGCUAAACAUCAUCAAGAAGACCCUGGACGGGGAACUGGAUCUGGUCCUGUUCAAUUUGGGGGGCAAUGGCGGGAAGUUGAAUUUGAAUUGUGGUGCGGAUUUCGUAAAAGUGUCCCAAAAGCAACCGGUGGGAGUCGAACACGUGCCCUACCAGAGGGUCGCCUCGCUCGACGGCGAUGCGGACAGAAUCGUCUAUUACUAUUUGGAUGAUGAAUCUAAAAUGCACCUGCUGGACGGCGAUCGCAUAGCGACCCUGCUAGCGAGCUACGUGACGGAGCUGCUGAGGGCGUCCGGCGCGGCGCAGCUGCGGCUCGGCCUCGUGCAAACCGCCUACGCCAACGGCGCCUCCACUCGCUACAUCACCGACCAGUUGAAAGUUCCAGUGACAUGCGUAAAGACGGGCGUGAAACAUCUGCACCACGCGGCGUUGUCCUACGAUAUAGGCGUUUACUUCGAAGCCAACGGUCACGGUACAGUCGUGUACAGUGACGUCACCAAGAGCACCGUAUCGAAGAUUGCUCAGGAAGGUGACACGGAGCAACGCAAAGCGGCGCAACUGUUGCUCAACUUCAUAGACGCGACGAACGAAACGGUCGGCGACGCCAUAUCCGACCUGUUCCUCGUGGAGACCGUCCUGUGCGCCAGGGGCGUGGACGUGAGGCAGUGGUACGAGACCUACGCCGACCUGCCGUGCAGGCAGCUCAAGGUCACCAUACAGGACCGCAACACGAUUACAACAACGGAUGCAGAACGCAAAUGCGUAUCGCCGGAGGGCUUACAGGAGCGCAUAGACGAGCUCUGCGGCGCGUACGCGAGCGGCCGCUCGUUCGCGCGCCCGUCCGGCACUGAGGACGUGGUGCGCGUGUACGCGGAGGCGGAAACUCAAGAGGCGGCAGACAAAUUAGCAGCGGAAGUGGCACAAGCGGUGUUCGACUUAGCGGGCGGUGUCGGUGACAGGCCAACUUUACCAGCUUAAGUUAAUUGACCGGGAUUUUAACAGACGGAUAAAGUUACAAGUUAACAGCGAGUUUAAAUGUAAUCGGCUUGGCGACAAGGCUGUUUUGGUGGUUGACUAUGGUAGCCUUGGUUGAUUGAGGUCCUUGUUGUUAAAUCUUUAAACAAUUAUCCAAAAGAUCUUAAAUUUUUUUGGACCCAUUUUUUUUUAAAUCAAGCUGGUUGUUAGCCUUAAUAUUUGCAUUUCUCUAACAUUUGUAACAUUUAAAUCUUCAAUUACUUGUUAUAUCGGUAAUUCUAAUUAAGAAAAUAAAUCUAUUCAUCAACAGAGCCUCGUAUGAGCCAAACUUAUCAUCUAAAACGACCGUUUUAUUAAAAAAAAAAGACCUAAAAAUAACGGACGAACAAUCUAUUCUUAAUUUAUAAUUGCCAUACAAAUACGGCCGUUAUAUAUAAACUACGGUUAUUUAGUCUGUACAAUUAGGUCUACUUGCGAUCUGAUUUUUAUAUAAUAUAGUUUAUUGGGUUUUUUUCAAAUGUGAUUAGAUAAAUAGAUACACUGUUUUAUUGUAUGUAAAUAUAAGAUUUUUUUAUUUGAAACUUGAAUAUUUAAAAGAGGACGACGCUUUGAAAAUAUUAAUAGGUAAAAGUGAUGCCUUAAUAGAAAUUAAUAAUUGAACAACAUCUAAAGCGAAAUCGGAAAAAAGACUUAUGACAGAAAAAUAUAUGUGACGUCAUAGAUGUGCGAAUGUGAAGGGUGAGUAAUUUAAAGCCUAUAACUCAUCCAAAUUUCAUGACUAUUGGUUUAUUAGUUUUUAAGGGCACAGUCCCUUAAAAAGUAAACGAACUUUUUAUGGUGAGAUUUAUUGGUAAAAUUAAUUGGUACUUAUUAUGCUUUCGAAACACUAGCUUCCAUAAAUAAUUUUAAGAAAUGCAAAUGUAUAAAAAACACUGCAAAAUCCCUUUAAAAAACUUAGUCAUCCAGUAAUAAAGGAAGGGCAAAAAAAAAAAAAUAUUUGGUAGAAUUUAUUUCUGGAGUAUUCCUUGGGAACAUGAUUAGAUGAUGAGAACAAAUUAUAUUUGCUAAAGUUCAAAGGACUUUGGAAAAUAUUAAAUAUAGACAGUAAUCGUAAAAUGUUUUUAAUAUUAAGUGUCAUAUAAAUAAUGUAUAAUUAGAAUUUUUAAUUUUGCAAUAGGCAUCAUUAUUUUUAUAUAGUCUAUUGGCAGCUGUUUUAUAAAAAUGUACUGCAAAUUUGGCGGUAGGAUUGGGAGCGUGUGAUUGGUUGAUAUGGUGACAUUUUCUUUUGUACGUAAUACUGAACUCUGAUUGGUUGGUUGAAGCACAAAGACUGGUAAUUUUUUUCUUUAUUCCGUAAUUCUAGAACCGUCCAAUUUUGUGUUUUAACUUUGAAUUUGCACGAUACAGUCUUAGCGAGUAGGUUUUUUUCACCUUUUGCACUACCCAUAAAAUAAAAAACUAUUUUAAAUAAUAUACAUAUUAUAAAAUAUCAUAAAUUAACAUGAAGUUUUAUUUUAUGGUUCAAGUUAACACUGUCCAUACAAAAAUCUAAGAAUAGAAUCUGUUGCAUGAAAAAUUAUUAUUAAUGUUGUGUUUUUACGUAUUAUUUAAGGUAAUGCCAUUUUAUUACUUAACAUCUGCAUAUCGAUACAUAAAGACAAUUGUGUUCAAUUUAAUAUAUCGAAAUAUUUUUCAUUAUUCCUAGUCGCCUGAGAUUUUAACAGUACAACGCGAAGCUAGUCUAAAAUAAUGCUUCUAAAAUUGAUGACGAAUUAUUUUUAUUUUACUUGUAAAUUUAGCUGUUUACGGUUUCAGCUAUCUUGAAAUAUUAUUAAAAUAUAACAUAAUUAACUGUCUACUUAUUAAUCUCACUUUAAUAAAUACUGUUUAAAAAACUUAACUAUUUAUUAUAUAUUUCGAAAGAUUUUACGAUGGUUGUCAAUUGAAAUUGCUCACCUGUAUAUUUCUACAUAUAAUUACCUAUACACACAAAAAGCCAUCUAUCUAUUUCGAAUUUAUAACAUUGAAUAAUUAACUGUAAUAUAUUAUCAGCUCUCUGCACAAUAUAAUAACGUAAAAAGAGAUUAAUUAUAUUCUAAUAAUGUAGUUAAAAUUAUAUGUAGAAACUAACAAAUAAAUAAAUAUUAUUUAAAGUAAAUAAAUCCAAAAUUAGACUGGUUAAAUCAAUUUAUUGUUGUGUUCUUGAAAUUGUACCUAAAUGUGAAUAAAUAAAUAUUGUAUUUAUUGCAUCACUUUAAAAAUAUAUUAUAUAAAUGUAAAAGUACUGUUCGAUUUGUUUAUGGAAGUGAUUAAUUAUUUCCUUAUGCGCCAUAACUAUUAACUAUAAAACAUUAGUUCGAUUUUUGAUAGCACAUAAAUUUAAUUUUAUUAUCACUCCCGUAUGCUACAUCGAGUGAUAAGAAACCAAUUCCAAAAAGCAUUUAUGGUGUGUAUUUUACAAAAUUUUCAACAUUUUUAAGAGGAUUGGACUGUGCUCAAAAUUUAUCAUAAUUCUUAUCUUUGAUAGUAAAUACGUGAUGGUGUUUGUUGAAGCGUGUUUGAUAACACGUAGUCAAAUUUCGAUAAGUUUUAAGUGAAUUCUUGUGUCGCACCUCGGUAUAUUUUUUGCAGUACUGAUAAAAAUUGCAUCUCGAAUUAUCAAAUACACUUUGUGAAGGAAUGUAAUUUGCUAUGUCUAUAUGUCUACGAGAGUUCGCAUCUAUGUGCCUUUACCAUUUCAUUUACUGUUACGUUAAUAAAUCAUUAAUCAUA